AUGAAGGUCAUAAUACGCGAUACUGCCACAGCCGCUUCCGACUACAUCGCUGGUCAUAUCAUCCACCAGAUCAACACUUUCGAGUCCUCCGAAUCCCAUCCCAAAUAUGUCCUUGGUCUGCCGACGGGCUCCUCGCCGGAGAAGAUCUACGCUGCACUGGUCAGCGCCCACCGUGCUGGCCACGUUUCUUUCGCAAAUGUCAUUACUUUCAAUAUGGACGAAUACGUUGGUCUGCCAGAAGAUCACCCAGAAUCAUACCACAGUUUUAUGUAUAAGCAUUUCUUCGCGCACAUCGAUAUCGAUCCAUCCAACGUGAACAUCCUCAACGGCAAUGCGCCAGAUCUGGUUGCAGAAUGCGCAAACUACGAGAAGAAGAUACUCGCAGCGGGUGGCAUUGAUCUCUUCCUGGGAGGCAUUGGUCCGGACGGACAUAUCGCAUUCAACGAGCCCGGCAGCAGUCUUGCGUCUCGAACCCGCAUCAAGACCUUAGCGGAGGAGACAAUUAGGGCCAACUCUCGAUUCUUCAACAAUGAUCUCCACCAAGUACCGAAACAGGCGCUAACCGUAGGAGUGGGCACUGUGAUGGAUGCGAGAGAAGUUGUGCUGAUCGUGCUCGGAGCUACCAAAGCUCUGGCAUUGGUCAAGACAAUAGAGGGUGGUGUAUCGCAGAUGUGGACGGCAAGCUGUCUGCAGAUGCACCCGAAUGCUAUGAUUGUCUGCGAUGAAGGCGCCACAGACGAAAUGCAGGUGAAGACGGUCAAGUACUUCAAGUCCAUUGAGACCGUCGCUGCUCACACUGCGUAUCCGCAUACCACCUCACCUCUUCCACUCACGCCCCCACCCUCAUCUGCCAAGACAGCGGGAUGGCGUGGAGCGCUCAAGGAGCUUCGGAUUGACACCAAGAAAUCUGCCGAUGUGGAUGACGACGAUUUGGAGCUGACCCCUGACUCGAUGUCUGCCCGUGUUGCAGCCUUGGACUCGGCUGUGAGCAUGUCUCCGCCGAGCAAGCUGCCUCCUAUCAGGAAAAGCACCAUUGACGGCUUGGAUUUCGGAAGCAUGCAUAGGAGAGUAAGCAGCGUGGCCUAA